UUCAAGCGCUUACCGGUCAGUUGGAAGCAAUACAGAUCGAGUCCGAUUUUAAGUUGAAAAAUAUAAAAAAAAAUGAAAGUGUUCGCGACGGUUAUAUUUUGCAUUCUUAUUGCUAACGAGGCCAGAGGCCAGAAUGCCCGGUGCUAUAACCCAAACCAGAGGCCUGGACUUUGUGUUCACAUUAACCAGUGCCAGACCCUGUAUUCGGUGCUGAGCCAGGCCAGAUUGUCCGACCUGGAGAAGCAGUUCCUCAAGAACUCCGCCUGCGGAAUGGGCGCCGAUAAUCGUCCUUAUGUCUGUUGUACGCGGGACACAGGAUAUGUGCGGAGCAGGCGAUUGACCAACUUCCCGGAUUACGAGGGUUUCGGUGGCGAUUGGGAGGACGAGAGACCCUCGACCUUUGCCUUUCCCAAUCAGAGAGGUGAUGCUUCUUGGAGUUUUGGCAAUCAACAGAGCAGCAACGACAGAGCCUCCUUCCAAAGCCCCGCCACUGGAGAUGGCUCCUCUCUGUUGCCCCAGCCUCCAACCUGCGGGGGCGUGGAAAUCGUUAAUCGGAUUUAUGGAGGCGAGGAUACCAAUCUUAAUGAAUUCCCUUGGAUGACGUUGUUGGAGUAUCGUCUACGGAGUGGAAAUGGCGUCGCAGCAAAAUGUGCAGGAUCCCUGAUUAAUCAGAGAUAUGUCCUUACGGCUGCCCAUUGUCUUACCGGAAGGAUCGUAAAGGAGAUUGGACCUCUUGUCUCGGUAAGAUUGGGCGAGCAUGACACACGCACCGCAGUGGACUGUCCUCCCAAUGGUGGAAACUGCGCUGCGGCCGCCCAGAGAUUGGGCUAUGAGGAGAUCCGGGUCCACGAAGGCUACAAAGAGAGGUCUCCCAACCAGAUCCACGAUAUUGGACUAAUCCGACUGGAUCGGAGUGUACGCUAUUCGGACAGUAUUAAGCCCAUCUGUUUGCCCUCGGCUGUGGGCGUAGAACCCCGCCAGGCGGGUCAAUCCUUCACAGUAUCCGGCUGGGGACGCACUCUGAGAUCGGCCGCGAGUCCCAUUAAGCAAAAGGUCACUGUUAAGUUGGUGGAACCAGCCCGUUGCCGGCAGAAGUUCUCCCAGAUCAAGAUCAACGUGGAGUCGACUCAACUGUGCGCUGGCGGACAAUUCGCACAGGACAGCUGCGAUGGAGACUCCGGCGGGCCUCUGAUGCGAUUCUGGGGAGAUUCCUGGGUCCUGGAGGGCGUUGUGUCCUUCGGCUACAAGUGCGGCCUUAAAGACUGGCCUGGUGUUUACACAAGUGUGGCUGCCUAUGAUAUCUGGAUCAGGCAAAAUAUUAGUUACAUGCAGCUCAGUACGGUCAACCCGAUAUGGAUAUAUCUCGCAAUUACUUCGGUUACGGCCGUGGAUUUCGAUAUGGAAAAGGAGCUGCCGGGCUGCGAUAUUCCCAACGAAAUGAAAAGGGGAGUGUGCGUGAAGGUCAGCCAAUGCGCGGCGUAUCUGCAGGUGCGAAAUGUCACUAACUUGCCGGCGGAGAAGGUGAAUUUCCUCAAAAAAGUUCAGUGCAACGUGGAACAACAGAGUGAGACUUCGGGUGAAUUCGAGUCGCUAGUUUGUUGUCCAGCAAAUGGCCAGGACUAUCUGUAUCCUGUCCUUCAAUUCUCCAAGUUCGAAUACAGGCGAUUUCUGGAUGUUACUGCCAGGUUUAAAAAGAAGAAACUGAAGCGGAGAAUCCAGACCGUAGAGCCUAGUUCUGGCUUUAAUCUAUUGAACGAGUGUGGCAAGCAGGUGACGAAUCGCAUUUACGGCGGGGAGAUUGCAGAACUGGAUGAGUAUCCUUGGCUGGCAUUGCUCGUUUAUAAUUCAAAUGACUAUGGCUGCAGUGGAGCCUUGAUCGAUGAUCGCCAUAUCCUGACAGCAGCUCAUUGUGUGCAGGGCGAAGGUGUACGAGAACGCAAUGGACUAAAACAUGUUCGUUUGGGCGAGUUUAAUGUUAAAACCGAGCCCGAUUGCAUUGAAGAACCAAACUAUUUAAGCUGUGCCGACGCCGCCUUGGACAUAAGUUUCGAUAAGAUUUAUGUUCAUCCCGACUACAAGGAGUACUCCAACUACAAGUACAAUGACAUUGCCAUUAUUCGACUGAAACAUCCAGUUUCCUUUACGCAUUUUGUAAUGCCAAUAUGUUUGCCCAACAAAACAGAGCCUCUAAAGUUGACGGAGGGCCAGAUGUUUUCCGUUUCCGGUUGGGGUCGUACGGAUUUGUUCAACAAGUACUUCAUCAACAUACACAGUCCGAUAAAGUUAAAACUGCGUAUUCCUUACGUCUCGAAUGAGAACUGCACCAAAGUCCUGGAUGCCCACGGCGUUAGACUUGGCCCAAAGCAACUCUGUGCUGGCGGAGAGUUCGCAAAGGACACGUGUGCCGGGGACUCCGGAGGACCUCUGAUGUACUUCGAUCGCCAGAAGUCGCGGUGGGUGGCCUACGGUGUGGUCAGCUACGGGUUCACGCAGUGUGGAAUGGCCGGAAAGCCGGCCGUUUAUACAAACGUGGCCGAAUAUACGGAGUGGAUCGAAGGUGUUAUCCAGCAGAAAAAGAAUAAUAGCCAAACGACGCAACAGGCCCAGUUGGAAUCCCAGCACCAGCUGCUGCUCCCUUGACGUCAGAUUUUCAGUUUUUAAUUUGAACAUUUUUUUGGGAGGGGAACAAUUGGCGCCUAAUUGAUAGUAUAUAUAUUUUAAACGCCUUCCCCCCGGCCUGUUUGUACAUAUUUUUCUAAUUACCUAACUGCCAGCCAUUAACUAUUUGGUUAAGCGUGUGAGUGAAUGAGUGCGGAAUGCGAGUGCGAUUGUCUGAUUGCCCGAUUGUCGGUGUCUGAGUGUAACAAAAGUCUGAAAAACAUGUUUCUAUUUAAAUAAACUACUGAAUUAUUUACACGA